CGUUAAGAAUUAUGUGAUAAGAUAUACAUUUUUCAGUGGGCUUCAAUAGAUGGUUUCACUGGGCUAGGCGUUGGAGGCGGAGGCCGGCGGGAAUGACGCCGCCAUAAAGGGAUCCUUCAAAUACACCACGAAUUAGGCUUUCAGGGCAGGAGCAAGGUAGAGGCCUGGCUGCGGGCGGCGGCGCAUGAUGGCGGACGUGGAUAUUGAUCUGUACGGGGACGUGGAGCAAGACUUCACCCAGGACGACUUUGCCGAUGGAGACCUGUAUGAUGCUGUCCUCACGGGGGGAGGACGUGACCGGGAGCGCGAGGCCCCGCCAAGCCCUUCCCAGCCCGCCUCAGAACGCAAUGGAGGCUCAGCACCGCCACGCCAGUCCUCCUCACAGUCACAGCACAGCCGCUCAGUGUCCUCAGAGGAGCGGGCUGUGUUCUCUGGCCCCGUGGCUCACACUGGACGCAAGUACCAACUCUAUAUCGGCAACCUGACCUGGUGGACCACAGACAAUGAUAUUGCAGCUGCAGUUCAGGCACUUGGGGUGAAUGAUUUCCUGGAUGUUAAGUUUUUUGAAAAUCGUGCCAAUGGGCAGAGCAAGGGUUUCUGCGCCAUCUCUCUGGGCUCAGAGUCAAGCAGCCGCUCAGUGAUGGAAAAACUGCCACGCAAGGAGAUUCACGGCAUGAGCCCCGUGGUGACCUUCCCAAGCAAGCAGGCCCUUAAUCAGUUUGAGUCUCAGAGUAAGACCCGGGCCAGCCCUCAGCACCAGCACCGUGGCGGCCCUGGUGGUCCAGGUGGCCACCCUGGUGGAGGACCAGGUGGCCCUGGCGGCCCCCGCAUGCCACCCCCUGGGCGUGGCAUGCCUCCACCAGGGAUGGACCACAGACCACCUGGCCCGCCCGUUCCCCAUGGCCCUCAUGGAGGUUCCCAUGGAGGCCCGCAUGGUGGCCCUCAUGGUGGUCCUCACAGUGGAGGGCCACAUGGCCCACAUGGUCCCCCUGGACCACAUGGCCCCCCAGGUGGUCCACACAGUCAUCACAGUGGACCUCAUGGUGGACCUCCAGGCCCUCAUGGUCCUCCUGGUCUUGGGCCACACCAUGGCCCUCACCAAGGACCACCCCGGGGACCACCCCCACACAGCAUGCAAGUGCCUUGUUCAGAUGUGUCUGUUGGUUGCCUUGUACUCUUGACAUCCUUGCUGGCAGGACCUGGACCCCGAGGGGCACCCCCUCCCCCAGGACACAUGCAGCGCCCCAUGCACCCUGGAGGACCUGGUGCUCCCCCACCAGGUCAUGGGGGACCCCCUCCACGUGGUCCCCCGCCUAGCAUGGGGCCACCACCAGGCCAACAUGGUCCCCCACCUCCUCGGGGACCGCCUCCUCCCAUGGACCCCAGGGCACCCCCUCCAAGGCCAGAUUUCAUUCAGGGGAGCUUCCCGGUCACCAGCAGUCCCCCAUCUGUCCCCCACAACCUAGUACUCCCCUCCAGGCCUCCCACUCUCUCCCAAGGACCACCACCUCAUGGAGGACCUCCACCUCAUGGCCCUCCCCCUCAUGGUGGUGCCCCUCCAGCCCCGCAUGUCAACCCAGCCUUCUUCCCACCUCACAGUGCACCCCCUCCAGCAGCAGCUGCACCACCUGCACACUAUGCUCCACCACCACCUUCCCAUCAGCAUGGUGGGUUUGCUGGGGGUGAUCAUCGCAUUGAGGGACCACCACCACUCUCAGAGGCAGAGUUUGAGGAUAUCAUGAACAGAAACCGUACUGUGUCCAGUUCUGCCAUUGCUCGUGCUGUGGCCGAUGCCUCCUCUGGGGAGUAUGCCAGUGCUAUAGAGACACUUGUGACUGCCAUCUCACUCAUCAAGCAGUCUAAGGUGGCCCAUGAUGACAGGUGCAAGAUACUGACCAGCUCCCUCCAGGACACACUGCAUGGCAUCGAGGCCAAAAGCUACGGCUCCAGCAAGCGACGGGAACGUUCCCGCACACCCAGCCGCCGCCGCCACCGUGAUCACUCGCGCUCAAGGGAGAGGGACUACCGGGACCGCUCACGCUCACACUCCAGGGACCGGGAAUACGAGCGCCACCGCAGCGAGAGGGAACGCGGCACCUCUGACCGCGGCGCUGAUCGCGAGCGUGACUACGAGCGUUCCUACAGCAGGGAGAGGGAGUACGACCGGGCACGUGAGAGGGACAGAGAGCGGGAGAGAGACAGGGAGAGCAGCAGGUACUACGAUGAGCGUUACAGGGAGAGGGAAGGCAGGAGGGAGAGGAUUGAGGAGCGUCCUGUGCGUGAGCGAAUUGAAGAGCGCACCACCCGGGAGGAUGUGAGGGAGCCCGUGAGGGAGCGUGACCGCGAGAGAGACCGUGAGAGGGAGAGGGAGCGGGACGUCAGGACAAGAGAGGAGAGAGAGUCGUCUUCCCAUCGCUCCUCCAGACACUAACACACCUCUUCCUCCUCACCUCUUCCCCUGCCACACAUUGCUCCAUGCCUCUUACUUUGUGUAGAAGUGAAAUUAUGAUGGCAUUCAUUGUUUUUGUACUAUCUUUUGUGUUUAAUUUUUUUUGACAUUCCUUUUUUCUUUUCAUGUUAGGCUGUUUCAAGGAAUUUAGGUUCAGUUUCAUUAUUCAGCAGAAAGUCAUAUUCUAGAUUCUCAUCAUCAUCAAUAAAAAGUCUUGUUAACAGGAAUCAUGAGCAAAAGACGUUUAUAUUUUCCGUACUCGUAAACAUGUGCUGCUCCAUUAUAGGUACAAGAAAGGCAUUAGAACAAUUAGCACACAAGAUGUAAUUUUUAUGACAGCCAUUCAUUGUUAUUAUUAUUAUUGUGAGUGGAUCAUUGUAUGGUUUGUCUGCCAGAGUGUCAUGUGCCUCACUAUGUUAUAUUUGUCAUGUGAAUGGUCAUGCAGCGAUUUAUUCAGAAUCUUUUUUACUGUAUUGUUUUCACCAAUUCUAAGUGAUUUUACCACCUCAAACCUUGCAAACAUACUAUCACUACCACUGACUGGUGCUCUUAAUCAGUGGUUGGUCUGCAUACUCCCUUCGGAUGCAGCUAGGAAUGCAGUACUAGGUUAUGGAAAUGAAAAUAACCUGUUAUCAUACAACUAGAUACUGUAAUUAAUGGUUUUAUUAAAUUAAAAUAAAUUUGCUGGAUGUUUCAAGACAGAUGGGGAUCCAUAGGUCAAUCAGUGAUGGGCAACAGUCAUAGGCAGCAUUCCAUGUUUGUGUGUCCCAAGGUGGCAAAAUUACUGAGAGUUGGUGACAGUAUAGUACCAAUUUGGAAAAUUUAGCAGAGCCUCUGAUAGUAUUACACAUACAAAUUCUGCAGUUGUAAGAAUAAUGGAUUUGCUUAUAGAAUGUACUAUAAGUUGAGCUGUGGAUUGUGUCUGAUUUAUGUUUUGGUAUUUCAUUUUUACCACCUUCAGGAUACAGUCCUAGUUAUAGCAUAUAAUUUAGGCUUGACCAAUAAAUAUCAGUAUGUAAUACCUAAGUUUCUAUUUUGUAUUAAGAUUUUAACGGUAAGAAAUCUGUGUGCUAACUGUAGUAGUGAAAUUGAAGUGGGUUUGAGUAUAAAA